AUGGUGGUCGUAGGGAACAAGACUGAUCUGGAUCGUGUCGUGCCGACAACAGCUGGGCGAGAACUGGUCAAACAAUUCGGCUGUUCUCUUUUCGAGACCAGUGCGAAGUUAAACGAGAACGUUUCCACGAUUUUCAUUGAUUGCGUUCGUCAAAUCAGGGAUUCCCAAGACAAGGAAAAAGCAACGUCAAAACGUACCUUACGACUUGGCAAAAAAACCUCACCGAAUGACGUCUCCGUUAAACGGAAUUCCAAGCGGAAAGCUUGUUGUCUGGUCAUGUGA